AAUAUAAAGUAUACAGCUAAUUUCUGAUAUAAUUAUUAAAUGUUAUUAUUUACUUUGCUUAAUUAAUUUUUGCGUUCUGUAACACCAAAAACCAUGCCGAAACUUAUAAGUAAAAGCCACUGUAGUGUUGUUUCCAGCGCCUUUUUUCCGCGAAGAUGGUACGCUGGUGAGAGCCAUUGUAAGCCCGCCUCCGCUAAGCCAGCCGCGUCAAAGAAGAAUAUCGACCCUCGGCGGGUGUUCAAAGUGUAUCGGUAUGGAGGGAUAUUAACUAAGGAAGUACCAAAGAUGCAGUCUUACGAAAUCGACAUCAGCAAAUGUGGCCCGAUGGUCCUCGACGUCAUGACGAAGAUUAAAGACAUGGACCCAACGUUUACCUACCGAAGAUCUUGCAGAGAAGGUAUCUGUGGUUCGUGCGCCGUCUGCCUGCAGGGACACAACUGCCUCGCCUGCAUCACCGCGAUCCCCAAGGUGAAGACCAUCACGCUCCACCCGUUGCCGCACAUGUACGUCGUCAGAGACCUGGUGGUGGACAUGACACAUUUCCUCGCACAGUACAGCACGAUCCGACCGUAUCUCGUGCGGAAGGCCAACUUGCCUUUGGGAGUGACCCAGUUUGCCCAGAGUCACAAUGACAUGCAUAAGCUAGUGGGCUUGUACGAGUGCGUGUUGUGCUCAUGUUGCGCUACCGCCUGCCCCAGUUACUGGUGGAACGGGCGGCGAUUCCUGGGACCGGCCUCUCUUCUCCACGCCUACAGGUGGGUGAUAGACAGUAGGGACGACGACCAUGACAAGCGGCUGCACGAGCUCCGAGACGACUUCAAAGCGUUCAGAUGCCAUACAAUCAUGAACUGCACCCUCGCCUGUCCCAAAGGCCUGAACCCAGGACUGGCCAUAGCGAAGCUAAAGAGGCUUAUCACUGGACUCGAUAAAAAGCCAGCACCAGAAAUAGAUCCUCUUAAGUUCUCAGGAGGUGGUGGAGGAUUGGCAACGUGCAUAAGGAGGCAGAGCAGCAAAAAGAAGUGUUGAGGUUUGAAUAUUUUUCAAGACUGAUUUUAAUAAUAAAGAAAUGUUUAACGAUUUUUUUAA